AUGUAUGAUGAAAAUAAUCCAGAAUUAAAGACAAUCUCAACCAUCAAAAGAGCACGAAAAGAUUCAUCUGUAUCACAAUCUUCAAAAUUUUUCGAUCUUGUAAUUGAACUUUUUAGAUUACCUGAUAGAAGAACAUUAUCAGAUAGAAUUUUACGCGAGGCAGCAGAUCUUAAUAAUUCUAUGAUUGAUAAGUUAAAAUCUGAUAGAGUUGGAGUUACACUUCCUUUUGAUGGAUGGGUUAAUUUUCGUGAACAAGAAUUAAUAGGAACAGUUCUUAUGUCUUCUGAUGGACAACCUUACAUAUGUUUGGAAUUAGUGGUGAACGGCAAAAAACUGCGGAUGUUAUAUCUGAAACAAAAGAAAUGA